AUGGUUAGCUCCUGCUUCUUUUUUGUUUUCUUUGUUCUCUCUCAUCUGGUGCUUCUUUCCUCAGGUCAAGAAAAAAACCAAUCCUACCUUGAGUGUCCAGUGACAUUCCGAUGUGGAUCUCUCAGUCUGAUUGGCUUCCCUUUCACCAGUUUCAAGCAACCUGAUUGUGGUUUGUGCAUGGUAAAUUGUGAUAAAAAGCCAUUUCCAACCGUCCAACUGGAUAAGAAUGGACGAUGGUAUGAAGCUAGAAGCAUUUUGCAAAUCACUGAUAGCAUUUUAGUUGGUGACCUAGUGCUUGAUCAGCUUUUAAAUUCACGAAGUUGUGAUUUUUUCAAUAAUAUCACACUUCCCAACUCAUACUUCUAUAACGUCACUCCUCUCAACUACCCUCGUAUUUCAUUUACAAUCUCCCCCAACCCCAAUCUCAUCUUGUUCAAAUGCAUCAAUAGUCCUAAACAUACCUUGCAGGUAGAUGAAUAUCUCAAUGGUACUUACAGUUACAAACACUCUCUUGACUUCUCCGUAUACUACACAUAUCCAUCUAAUCCUAUCACGACUCCUAAUCCUUCAGUUCUACAUCACCCACAGAUGGUGUCCAAACCCAACUUGAACCCAAAUUACAGUGAUCAAUUUGCAUUAUUCACUGCUGAAUUCUCUCUUCAAUUUCCUGGGUCUGAUAAGUGUUCUAAAUGUAAACAUGAAGGAGAGCUAUGUGUAGUUGACAGCAAGAAUAAAUUUCACUGUGACAAAGCCCAAGGUAUGGCCACAUUUGUGCUGCUUUUUUUCUAUAUAUCCACAGCUCACAGUAAACAUCUUCUACGUAUAAUAUUUUGA